AGCUACACAACAGAGUUGCCGAUCAGGAAACGAAAGGACCACAUUUGCGCCGUCCAUGUACUCUUUUUCACGAGAAUAACUACAGUUUUCAUCAUGGUCAAAGUAUCUUUUAAUAAGGCGCUCGCCCAGAAGGAUCCAAAAAAGGACAGUGAAACUCUCAUUUCAAGUGUUCAGGAUCUGGAGGGGGCUGUGUUUGUGCGUCAGCAGUCUAAGGUGUGGUGCUGGUGCUUCUGUCUGGGAUUGGCUCUUGUGCUCUCAGGUGUACUGGUGGGCGGAGCUUACCUGUAUAGGUACUAUGUGCAGGAGGGUCGCGGGUACCUGGAGCCUAUCCCUGUAUCUUGGGCCACAGAUGGGGAUGAACCGGAGGGUGUGUUUUUCUGUGGGGUGGGAUACUUUGAGGAAAACUAUGAUGUGACAGAUGAGAUGGAUGUGAAUCUACCGCUGAGGUAUAUUGAGGAGAACGUGAGCUUUCUGGAGAACGAUGAGGUGGAGCUCAUUAGAGUACCGGUGCCGGAGUUCAGAGAAAGCGACCCGGCUGAUAUCGUGCAUGACUUUAAAAUGAGGCUGACUGCUUAUCUGGAUCUGGAUUUGGACAAGUGCUACAUCAUUACUCUCAACAUCUCUAUCGUCAUGCCACCCAAGGACUUUCAAGAUUUUCUGAGAAAUAUCAAUGCAGGAACCUAUCUUCCUCAGUCAUACCUGGUGCAUGAAGAGAUGAUGAUUACAGAGAAGCUGGAAAGCACCAGUGAGCUGGGUUUUUCCAUCAAUAAACUGUGCAAAGACAAAGACGUGUACAGACUGCAGCGCAGAGACACAAUACUGGGCAUGCAGAAGCGCGAGGCCCUGAACUGCCGCAAGAUUCGCCACUUUGAAAACAAGUUUGUUGUGGAGACCAUGAUCUGUGAACCUUGAGGAAUGUCACCGAGUGAACAAAACAAGGGAAGAGAAAUACACACAGCAGCAGCUUUUCAACUAUUGUCUACUAUGCAGUCUAAAGCUUUUCUGGUUGUUUCCUGGCUAUGGGUUUUCAUAAGUUUAUCUUCCUAUUCACACUUUACAAAAUAAAAAUGUGAAGAUUUUAUUUUUCAUACAUUUUCUGCACAAAUAGAUUUAAUGUUUGUUUAUGCACUGUAAUGUGUCUGACUGUUUUAUAAAUGUUAGAUCCAAAAUACAUGAACAGUUUAAUCAAUUCUGAAUAGAAAAGACUGGGUCAGUAAUUCAGACCUGUUGUAUUUCCAUAAAGUUUAAUUUGAUCGUUUUAUAUUUCUAAAUUAAAGAGCGUUCUACACUGGUAAAACAUCUUAUAUCUGUUGCAUUUUACUGUUCUAAUAGCAAAUAGGUUUGUAAUCUGAACCAUUAUGUUGAAUUGCUAAAUGCAUUACAGUUUAAGGAAUUUAUGUACAUUAAAGUGAAUUAUUAAUGUUUAUUCAAAUGGGCUCUGUUAGUUUCAGGUAAUUAAGCAUACAUACACCGUGUCAACACAAGAAAAAUGUGUGCAUAAAUAAGACAUUUUUUAACAUUGCUUUGUAUAUAUGAUCACCUGUCUUCAAAAAAGACCAGUCUGUUAAUAUAAAGAGUAAAAAUACAUUGUAAUGCUCACUCAAAGCCUGUCUGACAAUAUUCAACUAUAAUCUGUGCAGUACUUUACAAUUUAGCACACAUUUUCAUCUGAGGACAUAAAAUAAAGAAAAUUUGCAUCUUG